AUGAGCGGGCUGCGUGAGGUGUCCCGGUGCAUCCGGCAGUUUCCCAAAAGACCCCUUACAAGACCGGUAGCACCCCAGAGCAUAUUUCGACGAUGCGCGUCCUCGCAGGCCGCUGCCGCGCAAGUCGAAACCACAGCCCCGGCAGUAAAAGCAGAGCUUGAUGAUUUGGAGCAACUCUCAUCACAAAGCGAGGCCAAAUUUGGCGAGGACUACAAGCAGAGGGCGCCGUGGGUUGGGUUGAAGGAUAGAAACGCAUUGCCUGGCGGAAGAUACCACUACUUCCCUCCUAAGUACGACCGAGGUCCGUUGCAUCCACUGCAGGUACCGCGUCAGUCGGACCCUACCGCACGAGACUUCGUCCCUGGGCCCUUCAACAACCCUCGGCUCCGUCAGACGUACGAGUCCACGAUUAUGUCCGAUUACCUGACUCUCACCUACAAUCACAUCCCUCCCGGAGAAUAUACCAAGCCCGUCGACAAAUCACAGUUCCGAAAAUGGGAAGGCGAUAACCCAUACUUUGAAAACCGUCCGCUGCGCCCGCCUCGAGGCUCUGCCCGUUACCGUAUCGCUGAGCAUGACAUUAGCUUCGCCAAUGUCCCCGAGAUCACUCAGAUCACGCUUGCAUGCCACGUGCCCGAGUCUAACAACAACCCGUUGUACCUCUUUACGGCCCGUACCAUGUUGCAGACCAUCACGGGCGUUGUGCCUGAGGUGACCAAGUAUAAGCGGGCUAACGCUGGCUUUGGUCUCCAAAAGGGUAAGGCCAGCGGUGCAAAGGUCACUUUGAAGGGUAACCAGGCAUAUGAAUGGCUCGACAAGUGCAUUCAUAUCGUUAUGCCGCAGAUCAAGGAGUGGCCUGGAGUCAAGGGCAGCACUGGUGAUAACAAGGGCAACAUCGCAUGGGGUUUUGAGCCAAAGGAUAUGGUUCUCUUCCCUGAGAUCGAGUCCAACAUUUCGACGUUUCCUCCUAAGAUGCUUCCUGGUUGCCGUGUUUUCGUCACCACAUCGGCAAGGUCAACAAGGCACGCUCGGCUGCUUCUUCAAUCACUUGGCAUUCCGUUCUACGGAUCCCUCGCCUGA